AUGUCGCUUCUUAUCGUGUAUCAUGAUAUCCGGUCGAUCCGCGUUUGUUCUGAUUGCAGUUCUCACUCACGUAUCGACUCUGAUCUCAACGUUCUCAUUCGCCACGACCUGCUGAACAGAAUGGCUUCGCAAGCUCGGGAAAGCUUUCAGACCAUACUUCUUACAGAGUCCCAUCGUAGGACAUCACUGUGUCUUUUAGUGUAUAAUCGUGAUGUAAUCUUUUUUCUCACUGCGUUGCUAGAUGGUCCACCGUCUUCACACGUUUCCUACAAUGUUAGCACAUACCUUCCUCAUCUCCAAACAUAUUUCUAUCUUAGAGAUAACAGUAUCGUGCCUCAUCUUGCGGGGUAA